AUGAAAAUGGCUGCUCAGGGCUCCCACAUCAAGCUGACGCAAGCCUACUGCGUUAGCUUCCUUCGAGAGGACUCCAGGUGGAAGACGAUAACAGGCCAGAUUAAGAAAGCCGUGGAAGUCUAUCAGCCAUGCGUAAAGGAGAAUUGCAGCUGCCACCAAAGUGUCUGGAGGCAGGACCUGGCUCCUUUUCGAGGUGGCAUUUCCAAGGAGAUGAUAUCAGAUGUGGUGAGCCGGAAGCUGGGGACACACUACCAAAUCAUUAAGAACAAAUUGUACCGUGAGCAGGACUGCUUGUUCCCUGCAAGAUGCAGUGGAGUUGAGCACUUCCUUCUGGGGAUCAUCAACCACCUCCCUGACAUGGAAAUGGUGAUCAAUGUGCGAGACUACCCCCAGGUCCCCAAGUGGAUGAAACCCAUCAUCCCAGUCUUCUCCUUCAGUAAGACAUCUGAAUACAGUGAUAUCAUGUAUCCUGCCUGGACAUUUUGGGAAGGAGGACCAGCUGUUUGGCCAAUUUACCCAACAGGUUUAGGGCGCUGGGACCUCAUGAGAGAGGACCUCAGAAGAUCUGCAGAAAAAUGGCCAUGGAGAAAAAAAAUCUCUAAAGGAUAUUUCCGAGGAUCCAGAACGAGCCCUGAGAGAGAUCCCCUCAUUCUGCUGUCCCGAGAAGACCCAGAACUUGUUGAUGCUGAGUACACUAAAAACCAAGCUUGGAAAUCUGAGAAGGACACCUUAGGAAAGCCUCCUGCAAAGGAAAUUCCACUGGUUGAUCACUGCAAAUACAAGUAUCUGUUUAAUUUCCGGGGAGUGCCUUGGGUGCACUACGUCCCCGUCCGAUCGGACCUCUCCGACGCCAGGGAGCUGUUGCAAUUUGUAAAGGAAAAUGAUGCCAUAGCACAAGAAAUCUCAGAGAGGGGACGCCAGUUCAUCACCGAGCACUUGCAGAUGGAGGAUGUCUCUUGCUACUGGGAGCAUCUGCUGUCUGAAUAUUCCCAAGCCUUGACUUACCGCGUGAAAAGGAGGAAGAGCUACAGCGAGAUCGCUUCCGAACGGCUGAAAACGGAACUGUAG